AUGGUUUCAUCAUCCGUGUUUAUCAGCACUAUCAUUGUUCUAUUGUUUUCACCAUUGAUAUUUGGUGGAGAUUUAAAAAAACUAUAUGAAGUUCAAGUGCACAAGGAGUUCCUUGCUUCCAAUACCUAUUUAACAUUUGCUCAUCGUUUAGCUACGCGUGGAGUUUAUCAUGGUUUUGCAGACUUUUUCUUUGAUUCAGCUAUAGAAGAACGUGCUCAUGGCAAAAAACUACUCGAUUUUUAUAAUGUUCGCAAUCGUGAAUUGCUUUUCUAUGAUGUCAAAGUUGAUGAAACAGCGGCAACAAUGGAAGAUCUUACAAAAAUGAUACAGGCAGCUGAAUAUAUGGAACGACAAGUAUAUGAUAAUCUUAUUGAAGUACGUUUAGCAGCCCACAUUGAAAAAGAUUAUCCAACUGUUCAUUUUAUUGAAAGUCAAAUGCUUGAAGAACAAACCACAGCAUUGAAAUACAUGUAUGAUUUAGUUAAACGUAUUGAAAGAAAUUCAGACAAUUCAACGAUUCUAUUGCAAAUGAUGGAUCAAGAUUUGCGAAAAAAGCAAGUGAAGAAGCCGUAA